UGCAGUAUAUUUUUAUUUAUUGCAAUAAUAAAUUUUCAAUAAAGUUUUCUUAAAUGACAUCUUCACAAAUGGAAGAUAAAAAGAAAAAAGUGUCAGUGAUAUCACGGCUUACGUUGGUGUUAGAAACACCGCAUAAACGUAAUCAAUAUUUAGCCGGUUUCUUAGCAACCAUAGCAAUGUUUAUGACUGGAAAUGUAAUGGGUUGGUCUUCCCCUGUACAAAUAAAAUUAAAAAAUGAUGAAACACCAUUUUAUUGUACUGAAGACCAAUGGGGAUGGGCUGUAUCCUUUUAUCAAUUGGGUACUGCACCAUGGAGUAUAUUUGCUGGAACAUUUGCUGAUAUUUUAGGACGACGUCUAACGUUAUUAUUAGCUGGACCUAUUUUUUUAGUGGCUUGGACAGUAGCAUUUUUUUCAUACAACUGUUCCACUUUAAUGGUUUCCAGAUUGAUCGCUGGUGGUGGUAGUGCUAUUGGAUCAGCUGUUUGUGCUUUGUAUAUUGGAGAAAUAUGUGAACCUGCUAUUCGAGGACGUGUUGGAGCUUUAGUGAUGAUCAUGAAUAAUAGUGGUGUUCUAUUUUCGUACGUUGUUGGCCCAUAUGUAUCUUACAAAACAUUCGUAUUAAUUUUAUUCAUCAUUCCCUUUAUAUUUAUUAUAACAUUUUGUUGGAUGCCAGAGACACCAUAUUUCAGACUAAGGCAAGGCAAAAGAGAUGAAGCUAUGAAAUGUUUAUUAAAAUUCCGUGGUUUAACCGACGAUCAACAAUUAGACAAUGAAUUGGAUACAAUGAAAAAAGGUGUUGAUUCUGAAAUGCAAAACAAAACAUCAGUCAUCGAAUUAUUUAAACAACCAAUUACUCGAAAAGCUAUGAUUUUACUAAUAGGUGUCAAAACAAUGCAACAUUUCAGUGGAGUGUCAGCAAUACAAUCAUAUAUGCAAAACAUUUUUGAAGAAGCCGAUUCUUUUAUACCUGCCUCGUUUGCAGCAAUUGUCUGUGUUGUUGUUCAGUUAAUUUCCGGUUUUUUUACAUCUUACUUUGUGGAUAGAUUUGGUCGAAAACCACUACUACUUAGUUCUUGUUCUGGAACAGCAGUAGCAUUAUUUUCUGUUGGUUUAUAUUUUUUCUUAAAAGAUUACAUUGAAUGUGAUGUAACUUCUAUCAGUUGGUUACCAUUGGUAUCAAUAAUGCUUUUUAUGAUUGUACAAACAAUUGGCGUUGGAACGUUGUCAUACAUUUUCUUAAGUGAAAUAUUUCCCACAAAUUUGAGAGGCUCUGCAGCUCUAGUGGGUACUAUGUAUGGUUCGCUUGCAGGAUUUGCUGUAACAAAGUUAUUUUCUGUAAUUUCCAACGCUCUUGAUAUUUUUGUAACAUUUUGGAUGUGUUCUAUAAUAAUGAUUUGUGGUAUAAUUUUUACCAUAUUUUUUGUAUUCGAAACAAAAGGCAAAUCUCUGGUACAAAUUCAAAAUGAGUUAAGUAAUAAAGCCAAUAACCGUUUAGUUCAAGUUACUGCUUAAUGGUUAUGACGCCCAGGCUUUUUAUGUCUGCCUUUGUUCGUUUUCCAAAUGAAUAUACUUUUUUGUUUUAUUUUUAUUGACACGGUCGCCAAGGGUUAACCUGGUUUGUGGUUUUUUAUUUCCCAGAAAAUCCCAGUAUCCCACCGAGAUGAUAUAAAUCAUCUGGGCAUAGGUCUAGAUAAGAAAAAGAAAAAACCACAAAUUUAUAUAAAAUGUACAGUAGAAUAAAACAUAUACACACAACAAUGUACAAAUUAAAGAUAAAUAAAUACUUAAGGACAGAGCAGUAUAAAUAAGAAGAAAGUGAAGUCAGUGAUUUUUAUUUUCUAGAAUAUUGUACUAGAGCAGUUCUAAAAUUUCAUAGAAUUAGGCAACUUGUUAAACUAUUUGAUAUCUACAAAGAGAGCAUUUUUUGUACUGAUGGUUUAUAUUCAAUGAAAAUCAAUAGUGUCCGACCGAAGGUCGAUUUUUGGUCGAAGC